AGAGAGAGAGAGAGAGAGAGAGCGCUACACAAUUGGCUGUCGGAAGUCAAAAGUUCAAAUUUGUUUUUUAUUUUUUGCAUUCUCAUUUCGUCCAAACUCCUUGGUUUUUGAAAUCCAUUGCUUAUACUCGUAGAAAGUGCGUUUUCAGAGGGAAUCUCGAUGUUAGGGUCGCAGCCGCUGACUCAUCGUCCCGGAGCUCCGGUCACCGCAUCCGCUGCCCCUGGCGACACCGAUGGCGGCGAGCUGAUCAGAACCUACAAGGCGUGGAAAGGGAACAACGUGUUCUUCCUCGGUGGAAGGCUCAUAUUUGGACCCGAUGCCCAGUCUAUUUUGCUUACCAUCUUCUUGAUUACUGCCCCAGUUACUGUCUUCUGUGUAUUUGUCGCUAGAAAGCUUAUGGAUGACUUCCCCCACAAUAGAGGAGUAUCAAUAUUAGCAAUCGCCAUUGGACUGAACUUGCUUGAUCUAAUAUUUCUUCUCCUAACAUCGGGGAGAGACCCGGGAAUAAUACCUCGUAAUCUAUAUCCUCCCGAGCCAGAGAAUUAUGAAGGCGAUGGGGAGCCACGUAUCAGCCGAACUCCUCCACUUCGGUUGCCAAGAACAAAGGAUAUGGUGGUAAAUGGAAUCACUGUGAAGAUCAAGUAUUGUGACACUUGCAUGCUUUAUAGACCACCUCGUGCUUCUCAUUGUUCCAUAUGCAACAACUGCGUGCAGAAGUUUGAUCAUCACUGCCCCUGGCUUGGCCAGUGCAUUGGAUUGAGAAACUACAGGUUUUACUUCAUGUUUGUGUUGUGUUCAACUCUUCUCUGCAUUUACGUGCACGUGUUUUGCUGGAUCUACGUCAAAAGGAUCAUGGACGGAGAGAAGACAACUAUCUGGAAAGCCCUAAUCAAGACUCCUGCCUCCAUCGCUCUUAUUAUCUACACAUUUAUCUCGGUCUGGUUUGUCGGUGGCCUUACCGGCUUCCAUUUAUACCUCAUCAGUACUAACCAAUCAACAUAUGAGAACUUCAGGUAUCGGUAUGACAGACAUGAGAACCCAUUCAACAAAGGGAUACUCUUGAAUUUCUUGGAAGUGUUCUGCUCAAGUGUUUCUCCAUCCCGAAACAACUUCAGGGAAAAGACACAGAAGGAGCCUGUGAUCCCUCCAAGGAUUGUGAAUGGGGGCGGGUUAUCAAGCCCGAGCUUGGAGAAAGUGGUCCACGACAUAGAGAUGGGGAGGAAGCCCGUGUGGCACGAGACAGUUGAAGAAGAACUCGGGGUUUUUGACGAUAAGGACGGGGAAACAGCUCUUGUGUCACGGGAUUUCAGCAGAAUACUUCCACCGGAGGAAACAGAAGGACGAGGGAUAAUGCAUUCAAGGGAAUCGAGUAGGGGAAGGAGAGGUGGGAGCUGGGAAGUCCCAAACCGCUUUAGUGAAGACAUCAGAAGAAGUGGAGAAUCAGAGUCCAAGAGAGCUGGUGACGAUGAAGAUGAUUCAGGCAAGGAUGAGAAGGAAAUGGACGACGUAUCCCGGGUCGAGAUAUUUGGUGAAGGAUCUGAGAGGUCGAGACCCGGAGAAAGGGUGACGAAAAGCGGCAGGAAUCGUGAAAGAUCGACGGGGAGUGGACGGUUAUAGACUCUCUCGGGUAAAAACUCUGGGAAAAUGUAAAUGUAGCAAAGGAAGAAGAAGAAGAAGAGAAUGCGUGUUUCCUGGUGCAAUAGGCGACAUUUGGUUUGGUUGUGCUUUCUCACGUUUUAUGUAAAGUAAACGGUUGGGUGGAUAUUUGAAUAUUUGAAUCAAUGUUACAACCAUUACGAAACACAGAAAGAGAAUCCAUGAAGACCAUACAGUCUUUCAAGGAAAAUCUCCGUGGAUUUUGCAUCA